AUAUUGAGUUUUCGCGUGUAAAAUGUCUAAUCCGGAAGAGAAAGCGACGACGCCCACGGUCGCCGAACCCAACACCUUAACGAGGUUGGCUACGUUUAAAACCCCUCGUGAUCUAUCACUUGGCGGAGUGAAACUGAAAAAAGUCUACACACCGAAUUUAAAUGUGACUAGGAAUAAAAACAGAGGAGUUUCCUUGAACGGUACAAGAGACAUUAAGAAAGACGACAAGAAAAAGGAUCGUAAAUCUGAGAAAGUCAAAUUCGUCAAGCCUGGACAAAAUAUUAUCAAGUCUGGCGGUAUAUUCUCUGAAGGGGUGGGUAGCAUUGAACGGUUCUCAAGUAGACCAUCUUAUGGCAGAGAUGCUCAAAGUACCACGACUGCCACAAAAUUACUUCCAGCACCUACUUCAGCACCUCCUGUCAGGAACAAGGACUUUAGCAGGCGUAUCAGCUCUCUCAAUGGAGACGGAGGCUUGCCUGAGAACAGAGUGGAGUUCAUUGAAGACUUCAAACGCGUGAAGGCGCUCGACGCACCUAUCACGUUGCCGAUGGACGAUGGACUGACUCAACUGAAGCGGCAUUUCACCAUUAAAAACGAAGCGAUGAUGAAGACCAAGCGACUCC